GCGAGGUACCUUCUCGGCACGACCGCGUGUGGCCGCUCGCCCGCCGCUCAAAAACUUUAAACUCACUUUCCGACGCCGGAAACCUGUUCCGCCGCUAAAAAAACAACUAUUACAACACGGGAUUCACUUCUAACUCAUCUAAUGAACUUGGACUCUGUGGUAACUUUAUCGUGCUAGUGACAACUUGAAAGGAACUUGAAAAAGUUUUAUUUUUACGAAGCUCCGGUUAUGCUCGGCCGAAGUUUCCUAUAAACCGGACGCAGCAAGGCGCCGGAUUUUUUCAACCCAGGAGUACAUAUUAUGAGCUUCAAUGUUUAAACGGGGGCAGAAGACUCGUUACAUCCGCGUCAUAUUCAAAGCGGGCACCUGGAAGCGAUUUCCCAUGAAAUUAUUCAAGUGGGGCAGAAAGAUGCCGUCGACUAAGCAGUACAACUUGGUGACCAACGAUGAGUACGACACCAGGAUCCCCCUGCAUCCUGACGAGGCGUUUGAGUACGGCAUCACUUUCCACGCUAAGUACAUUGGAACAAUGGACGUGCCUCGCCCGACCAGCCGUGUGGAGAUUGUAGCUGCAAUGCGCCGUGUCCGCUACGAAUUCAAGGCACGUGGAGUCAAGAAGCGUAAGGUAACAGUCGACGUGUCCACUGACGGCGUGCGAGUUACCACCACCAGUAAAAUAACCAAAGGAAAGAGCCCGGGUUCGAAGCUGUUUGGGCGCAAAAGUACUACCUGCAAUGAGUCCAUUGAGAUAAUGCACCACCCGAUAUAUCGUAUCUUCUACGUAUCGCAUGAUAGCUCCGACUUGAAGAUUUUCUCGUACAUCGCAAGGGACGGCGCCACUAACGUGUUCAAGUGCAAUGUCUUCAAAAGCAGCAGGAAGAGCCAAGCUAUGCGCAUCGUCCGUACCGUGGGCCAGGCAUUUGAAGUGUGCCACAAGAUGCAAAUCAACUCCCGUGAUGAACCAGUUCCUUCCACUUCCUCUGCCGUUGAUGAACCAGUCUCUGUCCACGCAAGCGAAGCUGGUACUUCCAAAGACUUCUUAGCUCCGGCAUCAGAGUGCGCUGCAUCGGAAUCAGGCGAAGCAUUCACUUCUGCAAAGAAGGAGCACGAGGAAGUUGCUGAGAUUCAACGCCCAAAAACCUUGGACCUGCUGCCGCCGCCACCAAAGAAAGAAAGCAGGCGUGUACCGCCGCCAACAGCGCCAAGCGUCAAUCUGCCCGACCUGCCAGAAUGCAUUACCAAAGUCGAGAUAUCUCCGGUGCCAGAGGGCGACGCGGCCACUCCCCUCAGCGCCCAGCACCAACUCCAGCUCCUGAAGGAGAGACUGGAGCAACAGGCGCAGCACACCCGAGCAGCUGUCGCGCAACUCAUGCUACUGCGUGAUCAGCUAGCUGCAGAGCAGGCGGCGCGCUGUGAAGCCCAGGCUCGCACCCACCAGCUUCUGGUCCACAACAAGGAACUAUUGGAGCACAUUGCUGCCCUAGUUUCACAUUUACAGGAGAGGGAGAAGGGGUCCACUCGAACAAUCAACGCGCAGCAACUCACUCUUCUUCCACAGUUAUCACCAACCGCUAAGAUAGACCGGUGGUUCUCCCUUCUGCCAACCACAGCUACUCUAUCCCGUCCAGAAAGCGGUUUUGUAUCAGGAGUAGAGGACACAGACACGGCGCUGGCUGAAGCCAGGAACCUUCUCCUGCAGCUCGGCGUAAAAAAGAAACGUCGGCUUUUGCCGCGGUUUACCAGAAGAAAGAUCUUAGUCAAUAAACACACUAUGCUUUAAUUGUUCUGUCAUAGCUUAUGAUUCAAUUGUAAUGUAAAUUAGUUGACAUGGUGGAUAGUAUAAGUUUCAUAGGCUGUACAAUAAUUGUGUUUCUGCAGUAACUAUGACAACGUACAAAUAUGAGCUAUGUCCAGUUAAUUUUUUGAUUAAAUGUUGAAAUUAUCCUAAAUCGGUACACGCACGAUAUUCGAAAUUACAAAAACUUACAGAAAUAAGCACUUAUUGUUGUUAAAGAAUAAACUGCUUCGAAACAAAAGUGAAACCACCUUCAAGAACUGAAAAAUAAAUUCGAGUUGAUUUCGGUGCUUCUUACUAAAUGUUCUUAUUAAAUUAAAAGGGUAAAAUAUGAAGGCAAUAUGAGAAAGAGACAAUACGAGAUUGAGAACCUCUUAUUCUGAUUUAAAACAGAAAUCGAUUUUUUUUUUUACUAAAAUGGAUAAAAGAAUUUGUAGGAAUUAUUUAUACCAUACUUGUAGCAGAGUAUCGUUUAUGCGCCACGGUUAAGAUAAAAACUCUUGAUUAUUUGCUAUGGAUUUCAUCAUCAGCGUUUCCCGAAGGAAAUUCCCAAUUGAAUCAUGAAUAACCAACAGAAACAGUACUAAUUCCAGGAGAAACAGUCUAUUUGGGAGUUUCUCGCAAUUGAAUCUGGAUACCGUCAUCUGAUUCUGACCUGGUGUUAUUACGAGCAUCUGUGAAGAUAGCGUUAAACACAAAAUAAUUUUAUAAAGCGGGUCAGAUGCCUUCAAGUAAAACUUAGUAACAAAGAAAAGUAAAACUUGAAGACGAAUUAACGUUUCUUUUUUUUAUAAAAGGCAAAUUAAUUUAUACCGAUUUUUUUUUUUGUUUAUACUACAGGGAAUGAUCUCGUAAGAUUGCAUAGGCAUGGCAUAAACAAAUCUGCGUACACUAAUCAUAAUAAUUUAAUGUUGACCAGAAUUCAAACAAUGAUUUUUUUCGUCAUAUAAAAAUAACCAUAAAAAUCAGUUCACUCAGUAAAAAGCUGUGAGGCAACAGACACAAAAACAUGCAGUCAAACCUCCUUUUUUGAAGUCGACUGUAAAUUAAAUCAUCGUAAAGUCGAACCAAUUUAGUGUUGCUGCAUUUAGCCUUUGAAAUUGAGAUCAACAUUUUAUUUAGCAAAAUAUCCGAUCCGGCGAUGCCAGUCAAAGUGUCAAUAAUGAUAGCGCUCGCAGCAAUGUUGAACUUUGUUUUACUUCAGCUACGUUUCCCAUUUAACCGUGACUUGAAAGAUUAAAACAGCAUUCGCUCGGGAUAGAAAUACAUUUUCAAGGACAUUUUACUUCCGAUAUUACAGACCAUAGACUUUCGAGGGAAACAGAUAAAUUCUAAGCUUGUCAGUUUCGUGCCUACAAGCGCAGAGCCCAUAUGACCACAAUAAUAUGGGUAUAUAUAUAAAUACUCUAAUUUGUAAUUAUUAUUGGCCAUUACGUUGUUUAAAAAGAUCCUAAGUAAUUACGUUUCGCAUUAAAUCCAAUUUAAAUAUAUUAUUAAAGUUCGGCAUUUUACAAUAUUCCAUAUCAUACCUAAAAGAAUAUAGAUCUCUGUAAAUAUUACGUUUUAGAAGAACACAUCCAAUGAAAUUACCCUUAUCAGUAUGAGGUAAUCUAUUUAAAAACAAUAUUAUACAACAUAUACUUCAAUACCGUCCUAUUCAUAUUAUUAAAUCUGUUAGAUUAAAGACCCUUGUCAAUAAUUUGUUCUAUCCGGCGCUCCUCUGUCAAGAUUUUCAUGUAAAUAAUAUGAUUUUUUGAUACUAAAUGUUGCUUAAGCUCGUAUGCAAAGCGAAGUAAAUUUAAUUAAAAACAUCUGGUAAUGUCAAUACAAUGACUCUUUUUAUUAUAUAUAUAUAUUUAUUAUACUCCUUUUAAUAAAAUUAUCAAUAAUGUCGAAUAUCGUGCAUCUUUAUUAGUAGUGCAAUUUUAAUCAUCUCAGUAGAAUAAGUUAGCUUUAUAUUAACAAAGUAUUAUUUCCGUUACUAGUAAGUUAGUAUUUUAUAGGAAAUUUUCUUGGCCAUAUAUAUUUUUACUUCGAUAGAUUAUAAUCUACCGAAAUAUAUGCAGUAAAUUAUAAGUAAUAAGCCGAAAAAUCUAAUGAAAUAACGUGAAGUUAUGGCUCUAAUGAAAACGUUCAUGCGAUCCAGAAAACCACUAGAAGAGUUCGCUAAGUAUGUGGUCAGAAAGUUUAUCAAAAAACUGUCUCAUUCUGAGAUUAUUUUUUACGCUUUCAUUGUUUAGCUUGACUAUACUACUUCGACUUGUAUUUCUUCUAUUCCUAAUCUGUAACAAUUCCGUCCGUUUUAAUUUAUAUUAGUCUGAAAUGUGAACAAAUAUUUAAGUAAACCUUUAAACUUUAGUAAGUAGGAUAUAUUUUUUUUCAAUAAUCUUUUGUUAAGCCUUCUCAAUUAAAAUCUUAUUAUAUUGUUGGUUUAUAUAAGCGAUCUCUUGUGUGCUAAUAGUAUAAUAUGUAAUGUGUAGUAAUAAUUAUUUGUUCAAACUGUAAGUUAUUCUAUAGACUAAAUUAAUACUUAUAAAAAAAUUAUUCACUGGGAAUAUGACAUUUAAUAAGACAUUGGUGACAUUUAAUAUGACAUUUCAUAAGACAUGGUUCAUUUACGAAAUAUAGUUAUUUUUUCUAAUAAUUAUGAAUAUUAUAAAAUUUUAUCCGUUGUGGAACUCCUUACUAUCUUUAUUCUUACUUUUUAGCAUUUCUUUGAAUUUCUUUAUCAUUGCAAUGGAGCAAUUUAAUUGAUUAUUAGUAUGAUUUUUGAGCCUGACGAUAGUUCGGACGCUAAAGAGUGUUGUACACUACCUUUUAUCACGGUGAAACAUCUCAUUUCUAUGGGAAUUUGUACUUUGACUUGAGAGGCGAAGCUGUGGACGGAAAGGUAUCUGUUUCACAUUAUGUGAACAAUUAAAUAUUCCUAGUACUUGUAUUUUAAGUCGUUGGCAUACAGCAACCAAAUAUACAAUAAUAGUGCUGGAUUCCUCGUUAUUUAAGAUUUAAUUGUAUAAUUUUAUCUCUUAAUUAUUUUUAUUUAUUAUUGUAAGUGUUAUUAUUAACGAUUAAGUUGGUAAUACAAAUUUGGAUUGUAAGUUGUGUACUGUAGCGUCUUUCGUUUCGUACUGACUAAGAUUGAUAUAUAUUGAAGGUUAUAUAUCUUUAAAUUAGUAGUAAUCAUUUAUUAUCAUAGAUACAUGAUGCCCAUGUAACGGUAAUAAGUUUUUAAACUGAACAUGUUACGAAUUAGGAAGAACAGCAUUUUAAGACCCUAUGACCAAAAAUCUGGAUUCAAUGUCAAUAGUUAGUUAAAAACAUUCAUAUCAUGCUUAUCAUACGCUUGAUUAAUAGUGGCAGGGCGCUUUGAUAGUCUGGAAUGUCAACAUAUAAAUUAAUCAUAUUUGUUCAUAGCCUAGUUUAGUGUGAUUAAAAUAGUAUACAGUUACUUUCAAAGAAUUUAUUAAUUAAAUUAUUUCAUACAGUAUGUUAAAACAAGCUACUGCCAAUCAAUUGAAUAAUUAUGUUAAUUGUCAAAGCAAAUUCACCCUUGCAAAACUGAAAAUAUUUAUUUUAUUCACAGUACGCAUUCUAAUGUAAUUUUAUAGCUUCUAAUCAAUCGUCGUCUAUUUUGACUUUUAUAAAAAAAGUAUUAAAUUAACCCUAUAACUUUAAAAAGGGUGUGGAAAAACUAUAUUUUCUCGCCUGAAAAUGUGGUGAGAAAAAUGGUAAAAGUUUAUUCAUGAUUGGUGUGAGAACAUCAUUCGCCUCACCUCGAUAUUUUCACGUUAUAGUUAGGCAGUGACGUGUAAAUGUGAUUUAUCUCGUGGCUUAUAUAAUGCAGAAACUCAGCGACGUAAUAAAGUAAAAAUCACAGUGAUUUGAAACGUGAUUUAUUUUAUUGCGUUAGUGACAAAUGUAGUGAUAUUUAUUGGGACGAUUCUUAUUUUUUAGUUAUUAUGUUUGAAAAUAGGAUAUUUUCUAUAUCCCUUUAAAUGUGUCUUUAAAAUUUUCCGUUUCUGUUAUCGCUAUAUACCUAUGCUUCAUAAUUAUCAAUAGAAUUUCUGAUGAAUCUCUCUGGCAUUACACGCGACGUUAAUAGAGUAGAUGAAAUGUGCAUUAGCUCGUCUAGACAGCUAUUUUCUGCUUUAAACCGAAAAUUGGGAUGACCUAAAAAUUUUGGCUUCGAGCUAGGUCAGAAUAUGAACCCUCUAAGAUAAUUCUAAGACUACAAACUUUAUUGUGAGAAUCCUAAUUGGCUGAUGAUUAAGUUCUAGACCUAGAUUAUGAAGAGUACGACAUUAGUUAAGACAAUUAUAGUGCCAUAAUUUUCAUCUCUUCUGGUGCUUUUUAGUUGAUCAAUAUUAAAUUAUCAAGGCAUAAUCAUUCCUAUAUUUAAAAUAGACAUGUAUGUAAAAUUAUGGGCAAAAUCUUUUACAUUAACUCCGAGAAGCCGGGUAAAUCAAUUAUAUUAUUAUAAUUAUAUCUAUAGUCGAAACAGAGGGAAAGUUUUCUUCUGCCCCUUGCAUGUUUUUGUUUAUAGCUAAUAUUAUAUAUACGAAUAAAGCAAACAGCAUGAGCCUUAUUCGAAUACUUAAACGUAAAGAAAAUGCGACUAAGAAGCAAUUUGGCUUUUCGGGCAUUGUUUAUCAUUGCCUGCACAAUAAUUUGUAAUUUUUUGAUUUUUUGACAUUGAUUUAAGUAUGUAAAGUAUUAUAUUAGAGCUGUGGUUAUCGUCACAAAGUAACCGUUAAAAAUGGAUUUCUGUUAUUCCAUAUUGCAUUUUGUUAGCUAUAAGUAACUGAUUAAGGUAUUGAUAAUAAUUUGUGAGUGCUCGAAAUGACUGAUAACUUUUAUUGAUAUUGUGUUCGUAAAGUUUUUAAGCUAAAUAAAGUUAGUACAACAAGAC